AUGCCGCCCAAACGCACCCAAGCCCACGACGAGGCGCACACGUCGCUCAAGGACAAACUACAGAACCUCCAGGGCUCCAACGCGCGGGGCGGUCGUCGCAACGGUGGUGCCGGCGCCCUAAAUGGCAGCAGCCUGAAGGAAGUGGACAAUGCCUCUACCAACAGUGGCCAAACGUCGACCGAUCUCAGUUCGUCAGGAAACAUCAAAUGGUCAUCGCAAGACCCCUCCGUUCUCCAGGGCUACCGUAGAGCCUACCGACUCGAUUGCCCGUCAAGCUUCAAGAACCCGCUCAGCCACGUCGUACUGAGCCAGGGCAUUGGGCGCAUGUCUCCCACCAUGGCGCGACCAAAGGGCAAACGACGUGUUCAGAAGGACCAGCUGGGUAUGGCGGUCAAGAAAAGCUUCAACUCCCAGGCUGUGACAGAGAGCGACGUGAUUGUCGACUGGCUCUACAAGUCGAAACACCAGGACAACGAGUUCCGCGUGCGCUUCGCACCCCAAAGGAAGUGA